AUGGACGACGUUGUUGGCCUAGUCAUGGUGCAGGUCAUUUCUAACCUGGGCGACGACAGUUUUAGUUGGGUCACCGUGGCUCGUCCGGUGCUUGUCUCGAUUGCUUUUGCUCUAGUUGCUCCGCUCCUUUGUCUCUUUGUUGCGAAGCCUGUGACAGCAUGGCUCAACUCGUACCGCGAGGCUGAUCCAAAUGCACCAUGGAAUAGUCUAUUGCAGAAAAGCCAGACAGCCUUCACGAUUCAUACAUUGAUUCUAAUUGGUCUGGUCACGGGCGCUGCCUAUGCAGGCACAUCAAACUUGUUUGCAGCUUAUAUUGCUGGAGCCGCUAUCAGUUGGUGGGACUCUGAGGUAGCCCAUCCUAUCUAUCCGACGUCAGACGCUUCAAAGCAUUCUCGCCAGUUGGAGCCAGACAAAGCCACGCAUCAAACCGGCGGCUCUGACAUGUACGAGCACUACUACCAACCAGCAGUGUCCAAGAUACUGCAGCCGUUCUUUUUUGCAUCCGUCGGCUUCUCCAUACCCAUUACACGCAUGUUUAGAGGCGCCAUUGUCUGGCGAGGCCUCUUGUACACCAUCCUGAUGGCAGUGGGAAAGCUUGCAUGCGGUCUUUGGCUUGUUCGACUCCCAGCAGUCUCGGGCCCAGGCACGCCCCCCCUCGCCAUGUGCGCCCGAGGGGAAAUUGGCUUCCUAAUCUCCGGAGUUGCUGAGUCAAGAGGCGUCUUCUCCGUUGACGGAAAGGGAACAGAUGAGCCAACCGACAUGUUUUUGAUUGUAACUUGGGCAAUCGUCCUCUGCACCAUCAUGGGUCCCCUCGGCGUUGAGUUGGCCGUUCGCCGGGUCAAGAAGCUAGAAUCGCGCAAGGACAAACAGGAGCACGGUGCUGGAAGAGAUGUGCUGGGCGUUUGGGGGGUAAUCAGGUCAUGGAAGGUUUUUGGUGCAACCCAGAAGGGUUUCAGAAUUUGA